AUGUCAUCCACGGCUUCGUUCACUCUGGAUGUGCCAACAGUCCUUUGUAUUGCCUUUUCUCUGUCAUUGAUGCCAGUGGCCUAUUUUCUGAGCUCGACACUUGUCCCAGCCAACAAGACGCGCGACCGCGUCCUGUUCUUCUGGCACGCCUACGAUGCCCUCACCCAUAUUUUUAUUGAAGGCUCCUUCCUCUACGAGUGCUUCUUCAGCUACACAACCGUUGUCGGAAUCAACCAUGUCGAACCCUUCUUCCUAAACCGCCCAGAUCGCAUCUAUGGCCCGGCCUACGGCACAGGUCCUAGCUCACGCCUGUGGCAAGAGUAUGCGAAGGCGGAUCGCCGCUGGGCUGGCGCUGAUUUGACCGUGGUGUCAUUGGAACUGUUGACCGUCUUCCUUGGUGGCCCAGCUGCAAUUUACAUCUGUUACCUGCUGUAUCGCUCUUCCAACCAGAAGAUCAGUGCUAAGUCCCGUGGUGGUGUCAAAGCCACAUUAUGGCUCGUUUCGACUGCACUUGCCACUGCAGAGUUGUAUGGUGGUUUCAUGACUUUUGCGCCGGAGUGGUUGACCGGUAGCUCCCAACUGGCUACUGAGGACCCCGUCUACCUCUGGCUGUACCUCUUUUUCUUCAACACACUGUGGGUCUUCAUCCCUCUAUGGGUGCUGUGGGAGGCGGCCAAGGAGCUCCGCACUGCCUUUGUCUCUGCAGAAAUCCAUGUCGAGAGCAAGAGUCAGUGA